CUCCCACCCCUCCUGGCCAGCCCUCGCCGGCGCCUCCAAGCUGCCCACCCCGUUUUUAAGAAGGGGGGAGGGGAGGGGGUCGCGUCAGGAUGAAGGAGCCGCUGCUCGGGAGCAUGGCCAUGCCGGGCAAGUCCCUGCAGAAGGCUUGCCGGCUGCUCGUGGUCUUCUGCGCCCUGCACCUCCUCGUCACGCUCUUCUACUACUUGUCGGGCCGCGAUUUCGACGUCCUGCAGCUCUUCUCCAAGCACCAGCAGAGCCAGGAGGGCCGCGGCUCCGUGCCGGUGACCGUGACCGAGGUCGCCCGAGAGGCGCUGGCAGCCUCGAUGGCGGCGGGGUUGGAGAAGCCGGCCGGAGACCCGGCGCCGCAGCCCGAGGAGGCCACGGAGAGCAUGGAGACCGGGCCGCCCGGCAAAGUCCGGCCGCUGCCCAGCUGCCCGGACCCCUCGCCGCUGCUGGUUGGCCCAUUAAAGGUGGAAUUUCUUCGCCCUGUGAAUCUGGAAACCAUAGAAAAAGAAAAUCCUAAAUUGAGGAAAGGAGGUCGAUUUGCCCCAGAGGACUGCACAGCACUUCAAAAAGUGGCCAUUAUUAUCCCCUUUAGGAACCGAGAUGAACACCUUCGUUAUUGGCUUUAUUAUCUCCACCCCUUUCUGCAGCGGCAGCAGCUGGAUUACGGGAUAUAUGUGAUAAAUCAGGAUGGUGAAGAAACAUUCAAUCGUGCAAAGCUUCUGAAUGUAGGCUUUCAAGAAGCCUUGAAGGAAUAUGACUAUGACUGCUUUGUAUUUAGUGAUGUAGAUCUGAUACCUAUGGAUGACAGGAACACCUACAGGUGUUUCGAGCAGCCCCGGCACCUCUCUGUGUCAAUGGAUAAAUUUGGAUUUAGCUUACCUUAUAACCAGUAUUUUGGAGGUGUCUCUGCUUUAAGUAAAGAACAAUUCCUCAAAAUAAAUGGAUUUCCUAAUAACUAUUGGGGUUGGGGAGGUGAAGAUGAUGAUAUUUAUAACAGAUUAAUUUAUAAAGGCAUGUCUAUAUCACGCCCAAAUGCUAUCAUUGGAAAAUGUCGGAUGAUCCGCCAUUCAAGAGACCAAAAAAAUGAGCCCAAUCCACAAAGAUUUGACAGAAUUGCACACACUAGGCAGACCAUGAACUCUGAUGGUUUGAACUCACUUAAAUACCAACUUAUGGAAAUUCAGAAAUACCCUCUGUAUACCAAAAUCACAGUGGAUAUUGGGUCACCAAGUUAGCAUCUCAGUGAGCUCAAUAAAAGACAACAGUCAAGGACUCAUGUUGACUUUCUUUGUAAACUUGCUGGAAUUUUUUCCAUUUUUGCCUUCUGUUUUACUACAAUCAGAAUGAACAGGAAUGCCUCGUGUAAUUAUUCAAAAACUUUUCCAAAUCACUAGGACGAGUGGGACUUCUUGCCCCCAACUUGACUCAGCACACGACUUUUCUAGCUGUAAGUUUUAGAGACUGUAUAUAAGUAUUGUUGGUUAUUUAUACCCUUGUUGGAGACUAUCUGAUUAUGGUUCUUAACAGGUUACCCUGCAAAAGUUGACAAUUGUGAACAGCUAAAAAUCACUGCGUUCUAGCUUCAGUGAUUGGUGGUUAAUUCCCAAGGAUCAAUCUGCCAAAUUUUCAUGUAAUAUAGAAGAAUUUUGCUUUAAAUUUGUUGUAAUAUUUAAUUUUAUGAAGGACUGGAAAAUGCUGCUAAAAUUGGUUUACAAGUUUACACUUUGGGAAAUCAGUUGCCAGGUCCCAACCAGCUAGUAAGGGCUAUGGCCCUUUAAGAACCAAAGGAGGUAUUAGAAAAAGUCCUCGUGGGGCUGCUGAAAAGCCCUCCCCUUUUGCAGUUCCUACUUUAGUCUUUAGUUGGCAUCAUCUGUAGUUCUCCUAUGUCAUUCAACAGCCUGACCUGACUCUAACCUCUACCUUCCUCAUUACUGACUCUUCCUCAUCCUCAUUCCUUUCCUAUUUUCCUUCCUUUGCUGCUGGGAUCUUAGGUCUCUUGCUUCCAAAUUGUGCCUUGACUGAAUCUGCUUGGCUGGCCUUGUCAGAUUAGUCCCUUGUACCUUCUCCCAAUAUAGGUGGAUUCAUUAGUACUUGACUUGAACAUUGCUCUUUUUCUUCCUCGUGCCACAAGUAAGCCUGGUUGACUCAAUGGUUCCAAAUGGAUCUUUCUUGCCUUCUUCUGGCACUGGCACCAGUGAAACCUGUCUGUUCCAGAGCUCCGACAUGGUUUAUUGUAGACAUAGACUGGUCACAUUGCUUACUGGUAUAGAGGCUCUCACAGUUCCUUUCGUGCAUUACAGGCCUAAAAAUGGGAGAAUUCUAGCUGUUAGGGGUCUGAUUUGAGGACAAAUUUGCCCUUCAGUCUUGGCCAAAGAGUCUUGUGAUUUUCUGAUUCCAGGUUCAGAUGCCCACCCAGUCUGCAUCUCCCCAUCAGCCCACUAGCUUCCUGUACCAAUAUUCUCCUUGAAAGAUUGAACAGGAAAACUGAGGAACUUUCCAGUUUUUCAGAGCUUUACUGUAGCUCUUCAUGCACCUCUUAACACAUAAACUUUUCCAUAGACUAUCUCUAAAUGGGAUUCUCUUCAAUUGCCUCAUUCAUCUACCAUCACUAGAUAGUUGUUUUCUGCCUACAGUCAUACUGUGUUCUUCCUGCCUAUCUCUGAAUCCAUUCAGUUUCUUCAUCAAUGAGGGUGGUCCACAGUUGGACCAACCCAGAGACUUAUCCACGGGAAGAGGUGAUUGCCAAUCCACCAUCCAGCAGCUACAGGAAGAGCAAAGCCCUUUUGUUGUUAAGCUAACAUCUAAAUUGGAAUUGAAAUUAAACUGCUCUAGCUGGCCCGUGACCCAGAAAACCUGGUUGACCCCACUCAGCAUGCUCAGGUACAGCUGGCCUGUAUCCGUCAUACCUCAUUGAUCAGUGUUUCUAACGAGAGAGGCAAUUCAACUCUUACCUAGAUUUUCUUCAACCGACCAACGGUUUACACCAGAGCCUCCUGUUCUUUCCUACUUUGCUGUCUCCUUCCUUAGUAUAAAAAGUCUGCAUUAAGUAGAGUCCAUUCUUAGA